GGGAAUCAUGUAAAAUUAUUGGAGGAACAACAUUUUUCCUUUUCUCAUUUAAUGUGACCCUUAAUGGAGCUUUGUCUUUGACGACUUAUCUUCGAAUAUGUAAAGAAAUUGCUAUUGACCUAGGAAUCUAUGAUUAUAAAUUGUUUUUGUCCAUUACAUUAAUAUCUUUAAUAUUAACCUUGAUUGGAAUUCAUGACUAUGCAUCAUUUUCUGUAAACUUUGGUGGAAUAGGAAAUACAAUUCUUUAUAUUAUUUAUGAAAAUUGGAAAAAUCAAUAUGAUAAUUCAUUAGAAAACUCUGACUAUUCUAACAAUUAUAGUCAAAAUAAUAAUGGAA